AUGGCAGUUGGUCCGACUCUCGGAACAGGGUUGUUUAUUGGCGCCGGCCAAGCGCUGGCUGUCGGCGGUCCAGCCUCACUGUUCAUUUCCUAUGUAUUCCUAUCAUUCCUUACCUAUCUCAUGGCAACCGCUGUCGCUGAAGUUGCUACACAUAACCCCUCUCGCCAUGGAACCAUGGUCACAAAUGGCAUCCGAUAUUUGCCUUCUAGCCUGGGAUUUGCAACCGCCUCUCUUCGCUGGUAUACCCUGUCCAUGUUCAUUCCCUACGAAAUCACAACCAGUAUGGUCAACCUAGGACUGUGGACACCCGAUUCAAAGAUUGCACUGCGCCUGACCCUCGUCACGGUCGUCAUUGUUGGCUUCAACUUCCUCCCUGAACGACACUCCAAAAUCUCGGAGGUGAUACUCACUCGAAUCAAAAUUGGCACCAUGGCCUGCCUUCUUAUCUUGUCUCUGUCCAUUGCACUCGGAGGCUCUACCGGUUACAAACCCUGGGGAUUUCGAUACUGGAAUAACCCCGGCGCUUUCAAUGAAUAUGUGGCUCAUGGUGGGACGGGAAGAUUCUUGGCUCUUAUGCAGUGCCUCUUGUACAGUUCUAUCGCAUUCACAUUGUCUCCUGAAUUGAUUGUGCACCGAGCUGAACUGGCUGACACGACCGAUCAGCCUGCAACAACCGAAUCUUUAGAGUCAGUCACAUAUUCUACUAUUGCGAAGCAGGUUCAUUAUGAUGUUCUCAUGACUACAAUUCCCUAUAUUCUCAGCGCUUUGGCAAUGGGGAUAAUGGCUCCUUACAAUAACACUCUUCUCUCCAACAACGAAACCGGAGCCGGUUUAUCGCCUUUUGUCAUUGGAAUGAACACGGCGAAGAUUCGAAUCUUGCCAGUCACGGUCACCAUUGCCAUCCUGGUCUCUUCUGUCGCCUCGGGUCGCUCGUUCCUGAAUAUUGCCUCUCACAAUUUGUGUGCGAUGUCAGAAAUCGGCCAUGCUCCAAGCAUAUUCAAAAUACGCAAUAAUUGGGGAGUUCCAUGGGUGGCCGUCACUUUUACCUCAACCUUCACUACUCUGUCCUUCCUGUGCGCGGCACGAUCAAGCUCUGUCAUGACAACCUACUUCAUCCUCUUCGUCAACAGCUCCGGAUACCUAUCAUCGAUGCUCUCUUGUCUCGUCUACAGCCGCUUCCGUGGUCGUCUGAAUUAUAAUGGGAUUACCAAUGCAUACCACUCUAGGAUUCAACCGAUGGGCACCUAUGUGGGUUUCAUCUUCAGCGGUAUUCUUCUGAUGUCUAAUGGCCUGGUAGCGGCAGCUCCAAAGAUUGGCGCUGGAUCGAGAGGUACGCGCAUUAUCAUGGCGUACAUCAGUCUACCUCUUUUCCUCUUUCUGUAUAUAGGACAUCGACUUCAGCAAGUUGUUCAUUGGCGAAUGCGUAGUGAGGAGAGCAGUGACAAAAGUUCAGACGAGGGAUCCGUUCGGUACUUUCCACGUCAGGAACAUGAUAACCGGCCACUUGAACCACCAACAGUACUAGAAUUUGAUCAGGUCUGGACGAUGGCUAGUGAGGUUUGA